GUCUGUCUCUCACACAAACAAAACCAUAUCGGUCUAGAGAUAUAUCGUAACAGAUAACAAUGGCGGACUCCAUGGACCCUUUCGAGUUCCUCAAAAUCGUCCCCAAUCCAGACGGCUCCCUUACUCGCAAAAUCCCCUUCCCCAACGUCCCUGCAACUGAGUCAGACGAGUCAGCCGUGAUCUCCAGGGAUUUCCCUGUCAACUCUGCCACCGGAACCUUCCUCCGCGCUUUCAAGCCCCACCCUCUCCCGACGUGUCCCAAGCUUCCCGUCCUCGUCUACUUUCACGGCGGUGGUUUCAUCGUCUUCAGCGCUACCUCCCUCCCUUUCCACGAAUCCUGCUCUCGCUUCGCGGUCCGUCUCCGCGCUCUCGUCCUAUCACUCGAGUACCGCCUCGCCCCCGAACACCGCCUCCCCGCCGCCUACGACGACGCCGUCGAAGCUUUCCGUUGGAUAGCCGCCGUAGCCGGCGGCGUAUCAGCAGAGCCGUGGCUCAGCGAGUGUGCCGACUUCACCAAGUGUUAUGUGAUGGGGGGUAGCGCUGGGGGAAAUAUGGUCUACCACGCGGGUCUACGUGCGCUCGAUCUUGAUCUCUCACCUAUGGUGAUCCGAGGGCUGGUGUUCAGCCAACCUUACUUCGGUGGGGUCCAGAGAACGGAGUCAGAGUUGCGUAUGGUCAACGAUCAUAUAGUCCCUUUACCAGCCAACGACUUGAUGUGGAGCUUGGCUUUGCCCGAGGGCGCUGACCGUGAUCAUGAGUAUUGCAAUAUGACGGUGGUCAAUGGUGGCCGUGGAGAUGAGAGGAUCCAACGGCUGCCGAGGUGUCUGGUCACCGGGCAUAGAGGGGACCCACUCAUUGAUCGGCAGGAGGAGUUUGUGGAGUUACUCAAAAGUCGAGGGGUCCAUGUGGAGGCCCACUUCGAUGACGGUGGGUUUCACGCCGUUGAGCUUUUUGAACCCGCCAAAGCUGAGGCCUCGAUCGACAUCGUUGAACGUUUCAUUCGUUGUGAUGAUGAGAUGUUGUACCCAAUUAAAUCAAGUUUUUAGUAAUGUAGUCAGCCUUAAUUAUCUAUCAAAAAUUCAAAUGAGCACAAGUUGUUUUAUGAUUUUUGGACAUGUGAUUGAAGAAAAGUAAAACGAACAAAAAAUUAUUAAUGUAAUGCAAGUUUAUAAUGGAUCAUGUCAUGAGAUAGGAUUCACAUAUUCGAGUCAAUAAUAAUCUAUUAAAUAAGAAUAUUAAUUUUUUU